GGUGGUCGUGGUUGUCGCGGUGGUCGUGGUGGUCGCGGUGGUCGAGGUGAUCGCGGUAGUUGGGGUGGUCGCGGUAGUCGUGGUGGUCGUGGUGGUUGCGGUGGUCGGGGUGGUCGGCGUGGUCGAGGUGGUCGCGGUAGUCGGGGUGGUCACGGUGGUCGCGGUGGUCACGGUGGUCAAGGUGGUGGUCAUUGUGGUCUAGGCAAUUUCUAUUGUGCAUAGCUUCCUAUCACCUUGGUAUAAUCAGAGAGGACAGAACAGGCGUGGCAGCUGCGGUCCCGCAGCUCCAUGGGUUUCCAAGAAAUAUGACACUGCCAUAGCUGCUCUCAAAAGUGUUAAAAGCCAAACAGCUAACCUCGAUAAAAAAUACACGACGAUUACAAAUUCGCUUGAAGAGAAACUCGGUGAGCUGGCGGGAACAAUCGACAAACAAGAUCAGUCACUGUAUCGAGUCGAAUGCGCUCUUCAUGAAACUCAACAGUAUCUAAGGAGAGAUUGUUUAGAAAUCAAUGGCCUACCGAUCUCAUCGUAUGCAAACCCUAAUCAACUUGUGAAACAAGUUGGCUCGCUUGCUGGUGUUGAAAUUGAUGAUCGACAUAUUGCCGCCGCGCAUAAGCUCCCAGACUCAAAGAAUGUGAAAAAUCGUCUUAUUGUGAAAUUUAUUCAGCGAGAUAAGAAGGAGGAACUAUACAAGAAUCGGAAGAACCUGGUAGGGAAGAACAUCAGUCACUGCCUUCGAUUGAAGAUGGAAAUGGAAAGAUUUUUAUUAACGAAUCCUUGACUAGUUAUCGUAAAAGGCUCUUUGGUCGCAUAAGGGAGUACAAGAGAAAGAACAAUGCAAAAUAUAUCUGUGGACGAGCAACGCAAUAUUAUGCUGAAAGUAAAUGAUACGUUCCCCACACAAGCCUUUACGACGCACGAAGAAUUUGAGGAUUAUCUCGACCACAUAAGCAAUUGUUGAAUGACCUAAUACUAUUUGUAUUUUUAAUUUGUUAAACUUUUAGGAAUUAGACAUGUCAUUACAAAAUCUUGCCGUCGUGAAUACACUGCAGGUAUUUCCCUUCUAUGAUCUUGAUGACAGGGGAAUUUAGCUUUGUGAUUGGUAAUUGGACUGAACAAUUUGAUGAAUUAAUAACAUCUGAUCUCUAUAACCUUCUAUCUAAUCCAGAUAAAAAUGAUGAAGCUGACCCUGAUUCAAGUACUAUUUCAAAGGCGAGUGCAGGCCGAGUGGUUUUAUUGUUUUGAGCGUUUGGAGACCUUAUGAAACCCUCGCACUCGUUUUUGAAAUGACUUCUCCGAAGAAACAAUACUAAAUUAUGCAGUGUUGUAUUUUUCCCACUUUUCUUUACAAUGCGUUGUAUGUGUGAUUUGUUUUUUUCAGUCGGCAUUCAUUGUAUUUGUGAGUUUUUCUUUUUUUAAUUAUCCAAUAGUUUCGAGUUGCACCAAAUUUGUAUUCCAAAAGCGUUAUGAACUUGAAGUGAUUUACAUAUUGUUUUUGCGAUGGCCGAAGGAAGGUUUCGCUUCCCGAAAACAAUAGAGAAAGAAGAACUUUGCGUAGAGAGAGAAGUACCGAAUUCUACCAGAUAUAAAAAUAAGUGGGCAGUAGGCAUUUUUGAGGAUUGGCAACGAGUGCGAAGUGUAAAGUUUCCAAUAGUCGAAGUUGGUGGAGUUUUUACAGAGAAUAAAUUGGACAAAGUUCAGCCGCUUACUCGGCCCAUAACAGAGAUGGACGCAUUGACGCUCAACUAUUGGUUAUCCAAAUUAGUUCAAGAGGUGGCAAAGUGUUCCAAAGAUUCAUACCCUCCGAAAAUACGUUGUACCAGAUUGUCUGCGGUAUUUGCCGAUUCAUGGUGGAAAGAACCCAGCCAUCGAGUUCAAUCCCUUGGACUCUUCAGACAA